AUGAAUGUCCCAAAUGAGCCCAUUGCCAUAGUUGGCAGCGCUUGCCGGUUUCCCGGUGGCUGUGAUACCCCUUCCAAGCUUUGGGAGAUGCUGAAGCAGCAGCGCGAUGUCAUUAAGAAAAUUCCCAAAGAUCGUUUCAAUACCGACGCGUUAUAUCAUCCCGAGCCGACGCACCAUGGCACCUCAAAUGCUCAAUAUUCAUAUCUGCUAGAGCAAGACAUAGGCGAGUUCGAUGCAAACUUCUUCAAUAUUCAUCCAAAAGAAGCCGAAUGUAUUGAUCCGCAACAGAGGGUUCUCCUGGAAACAGUUUAUGAUGGAAUAUCCGCCGCCGGCCUACCCAUGGAGAAGAUGCGAGGAUCUGAUACGGCCGUCUAUGUGGGUCAGAUGUGCGAUGACUGGGCUGGCAUCCUCCAGCAUCAGGUCGAUGAAGCCCCACCAUACACUGGCACGGGGACGUCACGAAGUAUCAUGGCCAACCGAGUUUCGUACUUUUUCGACUGGCAUGGCCCAUGUAUGAAUAUUGAUACGGCAUGCUCGUCGAGUCUUGUAGCGGUUCACGAGGCGGUUCAGACCUUGCGGAGUGGUCACUCUGCAGUCGCUGUGGCGGCUGGUGUUAAUUUUCUAAUCCAUCCAAUGUAUUAUGUUAGUGAAAGUAACCUCCGGAUGUUAUCUACGUCAGGUCGAUGCCGGAUGUGGGAUGCAUCGGGAGAUGGCUACGGACGUGGUGAGGGAAUUGCUUGUGUAGUGCUCAAGACCCUUAGCCAGGCACAGAAAGACAAUGACCACAUUGAAUGCAUCAUUCGGGAGACUGGGGUUAAUCAAGAUGGCCGAACCUCCGGAAUCACCAUGCCCAGUAACAUUGCCCAGGCACAAUUGAUUCGCGAUACUUACCGCCGCGCCGGGCUCGAUGUCCGCAAUCCGCUGGACCAGCCUCAGUUUUUCCAUGCCCACGGCACGGGCACAAAGGCGGGUGACCCACAGGAAGCAACAGCUAUUUAUCGCGCAUUCUUCACGAAGGAGACCGAACCAGAGCAGAAGCUGCUGGUGGGCUCUAUCAAAACACACAUUGGGCAUACAGAGGGCGCAGCGGGCCUUGCCAGUGUCAUCAGCACUUCGCUUGCCUUACAACAUGGCGAAAUAUUCCCGAAUAUGCAUUUCAACGAGCUGAACCCUGAUAUUCUUCCAUAUUACGGCGCCUUUGAGGUGCCAACCUCUGUCCAGGAGUGGCCGGCGUUGAAGCCAGGUCAGGUUCGCCGAGCGAGUGUCAACAGUUUCGGAUUUGGGGGCACCAACACCCACGCCAUUCUUGAGGCUUAUAUACCGUCCGAGCCCACGCACUCCGAGCCGCCUCAGUCGUCAACAUUGUACACACCGUUGCUCUUUUCAGCCAGCUCGGCUAACUCUCUCCGGGAGAUGAUUACCAAGCAUCUCGACUACCUGGUCGAAAAUCCUGAAACUAGCCUUCGUGAUCUUGCAUGGACGCUGCAGCAUCAUCGCUCAACUCUACCUUUCAGGAAGGCCAUCACCGGGUCAGACUACGAGAAAAUUGUAGCUCAAAUGCAUAGUGUUGUAUCUACCGAACCGGCUGAUCUGAAAACUCGGUUUGCUCAAUACUCGGAGCCUCGAAUUCUGGCAGUAUUUACUGGUCAGGGCGCUCAGUGGCCUCAGAUGGGUGCUCGCUUGCUACAGUCUUCAAGCUUUGUGCGCGAUAAAAUUGCCUUCUUAGACGAGUGCCUAGCCACUCUUCCUGAAGGUGAUCGACCAGAUUGGGCUCUUACCGACCAGAUUCUGGCCGCAGGGAAAUUCUCCAGGGUCACUGAAGCGGCCAUAUCUCAGCCUCUUUGUACCGCUGUCCAGAUUGUCCUUGUUGAUCUCCUUCAAGCAGCGGGGAUAAAGAUUGGUGCAGUCGUGGGACAUUCCUCGGGCAAGUUUCCCUAUUUCCAUGCAGGGGAGAUUGGUGCGGCGUAUGCCGCUGGCUUCCUGUCUGCAUGCGAUGCUAUUCGAGUGGCAUAUCUCCGUGGUGUCUGCGCGAAGCUCGCAGCUUCCCCGAGUGGUAGUAAGGGUAGUAUGGCUGCCAUCGGUGCUUCGGCUGAAGAGGCGCACGAUCUCUGUAAUUCUGAGAAAAUGAAAGAUCGAAUUACUGUCGCGGCGCUGAACUCGGGAUCCAGCGUUACACUAUCCGGGGAUGAGGACGCCAUCAACGCAGCGGUGGAUAUCUUCUCUCGCCAAGGCAAAUUUGCCCGUCGCCUGCGGGUAGAUACAGCGUACCAUUCGGCGCACAUGCAGCCAUGUGUAGAUCCAUAUCUCAAGGCUAUGGAACGCUGUGGUGUCUCAGUGCAACAACCUUUGGGAGACCGACCGACCUGGUUUUCCAGUGUAUACCCUAAUACUGCGAUGAGUGCCGAUACCUUGACCACUGAGUACUGGGUUCAUAAUAUGGUGCAGGCUGUUCUCUUUUCACCGGCCCUCAUUACGGCUGCCAAGGGCGGACAGCCAUUUGACAUGGGCAUUGAAGUGGGCCCUCACCCGGCCCUCAAGGGUCCUGCGUUGGACUCACUAGGCCAGAUAGACAUGCAAAUUCCUUAUACCGGGUUAUUUGCUCGUGGCGAAGAUGAUGUAGAUGAGCUCUCUGCCGCUAUGGGAUUCCUCUGGACCCAGCUUGGCUCGGGUGUGGUCAACUUCGACGGACUGGAGCGGGCUUUAAACAGCGACAAGGAGCCCAAAAAACUCCUUGUUAAUCUGCCCAGUUACCCAUUCGACCAUCAGAAUCGCUAUUGGGCUGAGUGUCGCACGUGGAGGGCUGACAGACUGUCAGGAAAACCCCCAAAUCCACUACUAGGAUCGGUUCUGGCUACCACGAGGAGCUCUAGCAAUGCGCAGUGGAAAAACAUCCUCAAGCCAACAGAGAUACCUUGGCUACAGGGACAUCGAUUGCAAAAUCAGCUAAUUUUGCCCGCGACUGCAUACAUUGUUAUGGCUCUGGAAGCAAUCACCGCGGUGGCUGGGGAUGCUGCAAUAGCAUUGUUCCGGAUGACCGAUGUCCUACUGAGGCGCGCGAUUGUAUUCAAUGACGAUAACUCAAGCGUGGAGUGUAUUUCCAGCUUGCAAAUACUGGAGUCAAAUGAGUCGCGCAUCAGAGCCAAAUUCACCGUCGAGUCUGCCUCGCAAGGAGACCUGUCCUUGCGGCUCAAUGUGGAAAGUUUCAUUGAGGUGGAACUGGGCGGAUCCAUCCCCGACAAACUACCAUUGCUCGAGCACGAUCAGUACUACAAUAUCAACGAGCAAAACGCCGAAAGAUUCUAUUCAGAAAUGCAAAUGAUCGGCUACCACUACUCGCCGCCUUUUCGGGGAAUUUCCAGCAUCCACAGACGCUUGAACUUUGCUCACGGCACACUGAUUGACCAGUCGGGAGACGCCUGGGAGGAUCAGCUUAUCCUGCAUCCAGGUAUGUUGGAUACAGCUGUACAGACAAUCAUUGUGGCCUACUCUGCGCCCCAGGAUGGACGGCUAUGGUCCCUCCAUGUGCCAACCCGGAUCGCCUCGAUAGAAUUUAAUCCCCAUUUCGCUUUCAGUCGAACCUCGAAGCAAGAACUCAUUCGGUGGGAAAGUAACGUCGCCGAUCAGGCAGCCAGCGUGAUUGAGGGAUCGUUUCAUCUUCUCACUCAGGACAGGAAACAUAGCUUUCUGCAGGCAGAAGGCAUUGUGUUAUCACCAUUUAGUCCUGCCCAAGCCCAGGAUGAUAACCAGCUGCUGGGCCAUAUGGAAUGGCAACCGGCAAUCCCGAACGCAGAUAUGGAGGCUGCCAAAGCCUCUAGCGCUUUAGACUCAUCCGUGACCGGUGACGUGGAGCGAAUGGCUCUGUACUAUCUGCGCAAACUGUGCGAGACGAGCACAGAGAAGCACCGAAACAACGCGUUGCCGCAUCAUCAACAGCUCCUCAGGUGGGCAAGCUCUACCCUCAAUCGGGUUUCAGCAGGCAAGCAUCCUUUCAUUGCCAAGGAAUGGAUAUCCGACUCUGAGCAGCAGAUCCAGCAACUGGCCCGCCACCACCAUGACUCUGUGGAAGCGAGACUCGUAGCGGAGAUUGGCUCUAGCCUUCCCUAUGUCGUUCAAGAACAGGGUGUUCUUGCGCACUAUAUCUCCAUGGACGAGGAAGCGCCUACUAUCAAAAUGAUACAUGAGCGCCUGGCCAAUCUGGUAAAGCAGAUAAACCAUCGCUACGCGCAUAUGAAUAUCCUUGAGAUUGGAUCUGGGACCGGGGCUGUGGCUGAGAUUAUUGUGCCCUCCCUGGGGACAUCAUUCUCCUCUUACACCUUUACCGAUGUCUCCGAUGACCUCUUCAGUGAAGCUGAAUUCCGCUUUGGUCAGUACGCAGAUCGCAUGGUCUUCAGAACAUUGGAUAUUCAACAGGAUCUCGCUGCUCAGGGCUUUAUUGCUGGCAAGUAUGACCUCGUUCUCGUAGGUAACAAUCUCCAGAUGGUUCAGGACCAGGAGAAGGCGCUCUCCAGUAUUCGCCAACUGCUGAAGCCUGGUGGGUACCUCAUCGGUGCCAGUCCGAUCACGGAUGACUCGUUGCGUUUGGGGAUUUCCAUGAGCGAUUGCCCAGAAUGGUGGGCUGGUGCCGACGCAGGCCGAAUGACCUUAGACAGCUGGGGUAGUCUCCUGCGCCAAUGCCAGUUUUCUGGUAUCGACACUUGCACCCCAGUCCAGGACGCCCUCCAUGAUUUUCCCGUCUGGGCUGCUCAAGCAGUGGAUGAACGUGUGCGACUGUUGCGAGACCCUCUGGCUGCAUCACCAGAGUUCCCGGAGGAGAUGCCACACCUUGUUAUUAUCGGAGGGAAAUCUAUGGCCACUGUGCAGCUGAUAGAGCAGAUCAGUACCCUGCUGUCGACUAAAUAUUCCAACGUCACCCGUUUCCCUUCGCUCGAGGCGUUGAAUCGAGAUUCCGUCCCACCAAAAGCUACCGUGCUUAGUCUCGCCGACUUGGAUGGCCCAGUAAUGAAGUCAUGGACCCUUGACAAGUUAGAGGCCUUGAAGGCCCUCUGGGACCAAGCGGCCAAGGUAUUGUGGGUUACCAAGGGAGCUUACUCCAGUGAGCCGUAUUCUAGCAUGAUUGCCGGGAUCGCGCGAGUGGUCAGAGCGGAAAAGAUCGAACUCAACGUGCAGUUGCUGGACAUUGCCUUCCUUGACCAGAGAACUGCAAGUUUGGUGUCCGAGACAUUGUUGAGACACCAUUUCCUUCUUACCUGGUCGCCGGAGAACUCCACGGAAAAAUUAUUAUGGAGCUAUGAAAAUGAAGUAGCUUUCGAUGGCCAGCAGAUGCUCAUCCCGCGCGUGCGUAUAAAUGAAACGGAGAACUUGCGGAUGAACAGUGCCCGCCGGUCUAUAGUGCAUGAGAUUGAUCCGUCCACAGCGGCCCUACGGUUGGUCAGCUCAGGUGAAUCCUACCAGUUGGAAGAGGUAUCCUCCUUGCGAGUUGCCCCAACGUUGCCAACUAUCCGCGUGCGUCAAUCAUUGCUGCAGUUCCUCAAGCUUGGGUCAAAUGGCUCCUUUAUGCUCUGUAUUGGCACAAAGCAGGAUCAUUCCCAAGCCACAGUUUUGGCUGUGACCCAGACAGCGGAGUCGCUGGCACCAGUUGAGCCUGGUUGGACUAUUGAGAUACCCACCUCGCUUGAUAUUGCAAACUUGGCUCUGGUGACCGUGGCCACCCACAUUAUUUCUCAGCAAAUCUUAGCCAUGGUUCCCUACAAUGGUACCCUCGUGGUUCAUGAGCCGGACAAAUUUCUCUAUGCCGCCCUUUCAGAUGCUGCAGAAAAGAGUCGUAUUAAUGUGUGGUUUACCACUUGCCAGCCCGGCCGUGACUCUAACUGGACGUACCUGCACCCUGCCCUUCCCGCUCGCCUGGUCAAGGAGAGGCUUCCCAGUGAGGUAUCUGCUUUCAUCAACUUCGAGUCUCCCAAGGGUCCGGGUUCCCGGGUAGCCGAAGCCAUUGCAGGCUGUAUGCCCCCUCAUGGUGUGCAGGCCUCGGCGACAACCCUGUUCACCAACCAGUUGUACACCCGCUCGGGAGCUGACCCGACUGUUCUCAGCAAGCUUCUUCACGAUACGUGGCAGAUUGCUUCCUCGUCAAGCUUGGCCUUCGAGCUCAACGAGCCUAUCCCUUUGGGAGAGGUUUCGUGCCACAACCCGGUAGAAGAAGCUAUUCAGCUGGUUGACUGGGACGUUCCUGUGGUGCCGGUUCAUCUGAGACAAAUUGACAAUGAUCCAAUCUUCCGGCGCGAUCGGACCUAUCUGAUGAUUGGUCUCACUGGUGAGGUUGGCCAGUCUCUCUGCCACUGGAUGGCUCGUAAGGGGGCCGGUUUUAUUGUCCUAGCGAGUCGUAACCCCAAGGUCACCCCGGCAUUUCUUCGAAAGGCCGAAGAUCUGGGUGCAACUGUUCGGUCGCUUUCAUUGGAUAUUACCAGUCGAAACUCUCUUCAACGCUGCCUCCGGGAAAUCAGGCGCAGCAUGCCCCCGAUUGCGGGCGUGGCUAACGGUGCCAUGAUUAUGGAGGACGUGCUAUUUGACGAUUUAGAAUUCGAAAGCAUGGAAAGGUCAAUGAAGCCGAAGGUCCUUGGGAGCAAGCUGCUGGACGAGGCAUUUUAUGACACUCCCCUAGAUUUUUUCAUCAUGUUCUCGUCGGUUGCAGGUGUUGUCGGCAACACAGGACAAGGCACCUACGCAGCAGCUAACAUGUACAUGGCCGGUCUAGCCUUGAAGAGGCGUAAGCGUGGGGUUGUUGGCUCUGCCAUUGCCUACAGUCCCUUGAUGGGCUUGGGAUACAUCAAUCGCACCGACGAAACAAUGGGCGAUAAAUUUCGGUCGAUGGGUAUUUCCCUUCUUUCAGAGACAGACUUCCAUUAUGCCUUUGCUGAGGCUAUCAAAGAGGGUCAAGCAAAGUGCCAUGACCGCGCAGAACUGAUAACGGGCUGUUCCCCGAUGGUUUUGGCUGAUGUUGUUCGUGGCCGUAUCCGCAGUGAUAUUCGUUUCAGUCACCUCAAUCUUGAGCGGACGACGGGUAAAGCAGGCUCGGGCUCAGGUGCCAAUUCAUCUGUGAAAGCUCAGUUACAGCAAGCCAGUUCUCUGGAGGAAGUCCAGGACAUAAUUCUUGGUUCAUUCACUGCAAGGCUGAAAAGCCUGCUUCGAAUGUCCUCCGAGCAAUCCCUGGACGUCAACAGCAGCCUGGUUGAUCAAGGUAUUGAUUCAUUGGUUGCUAUUGACAUUCGUGAAUGGUUUGGCCGUGAGUUGGAGGUUGAUAUGCCGGUUAUCAGGAUCCUUGGAGGUUCUUCUAUUGCCGUUCUGAUCGAGGAUAGUCUUCAGUACAUCCCAAAGACCGUGCUUGACCUCAAUAGCCUGUCUGGCGAGGGUCAAAAUGAGCCUGUGGAGCAAAUGUCACCUGCUGCUUCCGCAACUGAGCCGCAGAAAAAGCCAGCUGCUACUCUGGACAGUCUCGAUGCCGAGCCAUCUACCUCUUUCUCAGACCACAAGGACUCCGGCUCUUCCAGCUCAGACAGUGAGAGUGUCGAUACACCUUCUAAUUAUGGAACUAGUGACACUGAGCCCGAUGAGGAGAACACAUAUGAGCCUCUAAUUGAUAUAGAUUUGCGCCAGUCCACCAUCCAAUCAGCAACAGAGAAGAUCGCGCCAAUGUCCUUCAACCAGGCCCGUUUCUGGUUCAUGCAGCAUGCCCUGCAAGAUCCUUCCGCUCUUAAUAUGGCCCAUUGCUGGCACGUUGAGGGUUCAUUAGACCUUCCCAGGCUCAGGAAGGCGGUCACCACGGUUGGCGAUCGACAUGAGGCGAUGCGCACCCGGUUCUUCUGGGGGGGAGAGAACCAUAAUGUGCCCAUGCAAGGAAUUCUAUCGCGGUGCAUUGUCCAGCUUGAGAUCAAGCGCAUCGCCAACAAGGAGGAGGUAUAUCGGGAAUUGGAUGCCAUGCGGCACCAUACCUAUGACCUCAAUGACUGGCAGCUUGUGAGAACUCGUCUUCUCACGUUGUCUGACAAAGAGCAUUACAUGAUUAUUGGCAACCACCAGAUCACCUUCGAUGGUAACAGUGCCUCGCUUUUGCUCAAUGAGAUGAAUGAAGCCUAUCUGGGACAGAGCCUACCAAUGCUUUCCAAGGCGUCUCAGUACUCUUCCUUUGCAGAGAAGCAGCUACAACACUACAGUCAAGGAUAUUUUCAAGAGCACGUUGACUACUUCAAAAGCAUUAUCCACGAAGACAAUCCGCCGCUCGAACUGUUUUCUUUUGCCACAGCCAAAUCUAGGCCAGUGCAGUCCCAAUACCGCACUCAUCGAUCGGACAUGCUUCUUUCGCCGAAGCAGACUUCUCUGCUUAACCAAGUCUCUCAGAAGAUCCAGUCAAAAACCUUUGACAUCUAUACCGCCGUGCUGGGCGUUCUUUUGUUCCGCCUAUUGCCAAACAUCAAGCACGUAUUGAUUGGCAUCGAUGCCAACCGUAGCGACCUGAGUUGGGACAAACCCAUGGGCUGCGUGCUGAAUACGUUGCCGAUCCGGCUAGACAGACCAGAGACCAACACCAAGCUUGGCCCUUUUCUCGGCAAAGUGCGAGAUGCAAUCAAUGGCGUUCUAGAACAUUCGUCCGUGCCGUUCGAUGUCCUGGUCAACGAGCUCAAGCUGGACCGUUCAGCAAAUUGCUCACCCGUGUUCCAAGUGAUGAUACAGCACCGCAUUGAAAAUCAAGACCAGGUUACAUGGUGCAAUGCUACCCGUAGCCGCGGUAAAUCUCUGAAACCUUGCACGGGAUUUGAUCUUCAUUUGGAAAUUGUCGAAAAUGCUGAGGGUAAUGCGGUGGUCAGCUUGGAGACGCAGCAGGGACUAUACAGCCAGGAACACACAGAUCUUCUUGUUAAGACCUAUGUUAACCUACUAGAGCAGCUGACCACGAUCCCAGAGGCACCUUUGGAAGCUGCUGAGUUGUGGUCAUCCGAGGAUACUUCGAUGGCACUAAGAGUUGCUACGGGCCCUGUGGCACCUAUGAGAUGGCCGCAGACCGUUGUUCAUCGGAUUGACCAGAUGGUGCAGCAAUACGGAAGCAAACCUGCCCUCAAGGAUGGCAGUGGCAAGAUGUUGACCUACAACGAUAUGGGCCGCCGCGUUGACUCGAUUAUCGCGGCUUUGCGCCAAGCUGGGGCUCCAAAAGGCUCUAUUAUUGCUGCUAUGCAAGAGCCCGGUGUUGAUUCGAUCUGCUCAAUGUUAGCUGUUUUCCGUGCUGGCGCAGUAUAUAUGCCACUUGAUACACGCAUAUCCACCGAGCAAAUAAAGUGUGCACUGCAAUCACAUAAGCCAGUGUUGUUGCUUGUUGAUCAAGCUACAUCCCAUACGGCCAGGUCACUUCAAAAUCUCAAGCCUAAGGUGUUGAAUGUCUCUUCAGUGCCCACGCGGAAGCAGAUUCAGCGCGCACCGAAUCUGGCCGAUGGUAAUUCGGCCGCAGCCAUUCUUUUCACGGGCGGUUCUGCCCCAGAGCCAAAGGGAGUUUUAAUCAAUCAUGCAAGCAUGAUUGCCCAGCUUGAGGCCUCUUCAAUGCAGUACAACUUCUCCGAUGAGAGACCACUGAUUGCUCUCCAACAUUCGGACCAUUCUAUUGGACUGUCGCUCACCCAAGCCUUCGAUGCCUUGUGUAACGGAGGAAGCUUGGUUAUCCUAUCUGCGGACAAACAGGGGGAUCCAAUCGAAAUUGCGAAAACAGUCCGGGAGGAAAAUAUCAGUUAUACAUUGGCGACCCCGUCUGAGUACCAAAGUUGGCUCAGCAUUGCAGCGGGACAGCUUCAGAAGUGUCCUCACUGGACUCUUGCUGCUAUGGCAGGUGGAGAAGUCUCUCACAAGCUAUUGCAAAGCUUCCGUUCUCUUGAGAGCGCGUCUCUUCAGCUUCUGAAUCUCUAUAUUUCGCCUGGAACGUGUUUCGGUUCUACCUGGCAGGGUCGAAUUGAAUACCGCAAGUCUGUCUUAGAGUUGCCCCUCGCCGCAGGAUACCCUUCACCCAACCAAGCAAUCUAUAUCGUCGAUACCAAGCUGCGGCCUCUUCCGAUUGGUGUUCCUGGAGAAGUUAUCAUAGGGGGUGCUGGCGUCACCAAUGGAUAUGUCAACCCGGAUGCUGCAACAAAGGGGAAGUUUAUCGAGUCACCAUUUUCACACUUGGAUACCAAUUUCACUACGAACAAAUGGACGAGUGUUUAUCGCACUGGAGACUACGGCUACUUGCGGAAGGACGGUUCCCUUGUCCUAGUUGGCCGUUCGAAUAGCGACACUCACGUCAAUGUUCGCGGCUUCCAAGUUGAGCCAGCAGAGAUCGAAAACGCCUUGGUCGAGGCUGCUGGGGGUUUGUUGGCCGAUGCCGUGGUCACCUUGAGAGAACAUGAUGAAGACCAAUUUUUGGCUGCUCAUGUUGUCUUUAAUAGCCAGGUGAUUCCGAGUGAUUCCGAUGAGUUCCUAGACAAUCUCCGGAUGCGCCUGCCUGUACCAGAGUAUAUGGUCCCUUCCGCUAUAGUGCCCUUGGCUAAACUGCCAUUGAAUGCUCACUCGGAGGUGGACCGACUUGCUAUCCACCAGCUGCCAAUUGACGAAUCUAAUGUCGUGACUUGGAGUAGCCGAGAAAUGACACCGAUGGAAGCUAGUCUUGCUGAGGUCUGGCAAGGGAUCCUCCCUGCCUCUGGCUCGCUGACCCUUACUCCCAGCUCUGACUUUUUCAAGGUUGGGGGAACCUCGCUGCUGAUUGUCAUUUUGCAGAGGGCAAUCAAGAUGCAGUACAAAGUCGCGCUGCCAGUGAUCGAGUUCGUGAGUGCGAAGAGACUCGCUGACAUGGCCCUGUUGAUCGAAAGCAAAGGGGCUCAUGCCUAGAUGCAUUUCGCAGAGGUGUAUGUAAACGUGGAUACUAUAGUCAUUUAAGGUGUGGAGUGAACGUAACUUUAAAUGGCAAACUACUAAGCUAGGGUUGUGAUUGCGAAGUUGGAAUUAUCGGCUCUUGAUUGUAUUUCAGCAGAAGUUGUUUAGUUUGCAUUUACAUUUGAAGGUUGCGUGACAUCUUGGCGUGUAGAUAUAUGUGAGAGAGAGAGAGAGAGAGAGAGAGAGCAGAAUGUAAUGGAAGAAUUUUCACUGUCGUCAUCAAACAGAAACGGGAAGGACGGAUGCCUGGCUGCCCGUCUCCUCGCUUCUCCCCUGACUCUUCCACGUCACUCUUCCAGCCUUCUUUUUGAUGGGAUCUUAACCCACUUGUUUCCUUCCUAUGUAUUAUCCAAAGUACAGUACCUGAUCUAUCCUCGAAAUACAAGAGAACACUAACAGAGAAUAAAAUAAACAGUGUAAGAUACCGGGGAGGAAACGCGACUUGGCUCAGCCCUAUAAGGCACGCCAAGUGCGGAACCCCCUCGGGCCAUGAGCCAAUCAGGGCCGGGCCAUCCCGCGCCUUCCGUG